AUGUCUACCUGUAGGAGCCUUCAUUUCUCAGACGACUUCGUUAUUAGUUGCGGUACUGUUACCGUCGACAUCCCCGAAUCUCGGGUUCUUUUGAUCCGCUCCCGAGGGACCGGCGAGUACUAUCUCCCCAAGGGCCGCAAAGACAUUCACGAGUCUCUUGAGGAGGCCGCGCUUCGUGAAACCUGGGAAGAGACUGGAGUGCGCGCGCAGCUACUUCCUGUCCCCAUCACCACACGAGCAACUACCUCUGCUGCUGCUGCUGCUGCUGCUGCUGCUGCUGCUGCUGGCGCAGGCCCGGCAUCUUGCGUGACGGAGCCACUGGCUGUCGCACAGCGCGUCACCGAUGGUGUGCUCAAAAUUAUCUUUUGGUUUGUUGCGGUCGCAGAAUCAGCGUUGGCGCGAGAUGAGGGCAUGCAGCAGGAAGGGGAGGACUUUGAGGCUCUCUGGGUAGGAUGGGACAAGGUCCGCACGACGUUGACGUUUGAGGACGACUGGCGCAUAGCCGAGGCGGGGAUAAUGGCGGCAACGGCUACAGAUUGA